ACUCCAACUUUAAUACCCUUUCACACUCUGUUUUACCAACAACCAACACACUUGGCAACCUCAUGGCUCUCCCUCCCUCUUCAGUUCCCACUACAUUCUUCAUCAUCUCUCUCCUUCUAACUCUCCUCCUCGCCGAGUCAACUCAGCCUCCUCAUUCCUGCGACUCCUCCUCCAACUCACCCUACUAUGCAUUCUGCAACACCAAGCUUCCCAUCCCCCAGAGAGCAAAAGACCUGGUCUCGAGACUCACCCUCGACGAGAAACUCGCCCAACUCGUUAACUCAGCACCCGCGAUUCCCCGACUCGGCAUCCCCAAAUACCAGUGGUGGAGCGAAGCCUUGCACGGCGUCGCCGACGCAGGCCUCGGCAUCCGAUUCAAUGGCACUAUCAAAUCCGCCACCAGCUUCCCUCAAGUCAUUCUCACUGCGGCUUCCUUCGAUCAAAACCUCUGGUACAAUAUCAGCAAGGCGAUUGGCCGGGAAGCGAGGGCGGUGUACAAUGCGGGGCAAGCGUUAGGAAUGACGUUUUGGGCUCCGAACAUUAACGUUUUCAGGGAUCCACGGUGGGGGAGGGGACAAGAGACGGUGGGAGAAGACCCAUUAAUGAAUGCAAGGUAUAGUGUGGCUUACGUGAGAGGGCUUCAAGGGGAUUCCUUUGAAGGAGGGAAACUUGGGGAGAGCCUUCAAGCUUCCGCGUGUUGCAAGCACUUCACAGCCUAUGAUAUUGACCAAUGGAAGGGCCUCGAUCGCUUUGUCUUCGAUGCUCGUGUCUCAAAGCAAGAUUUGGCAGACACAUACCAACCUCCAUUCCAGAGUUGCAUUCAGCAAGGUCGAGCCAGUGGUAUAAUGUGUGCUUACAACCGUGUCAAUGGGGUUCCAAACUGUGCAGAUUUUAAUCUCUUAACCAAAACUGCAAGGCAACAAUGGAAAUUUGAUGGAUAUAUUACGUCAGAUUGUGGAGCAGUCUCUAUCAUACACGACAAACAAGGUUACGCAAAAACAGCAGAAGAUGCUAUAGCCGAUGUCUUUAGGGCAGGGAUGGAUGUGGAAUGUGGUGAUUACAUAACUAAGCAUGCAAAAUCAGCGGUUUCGCAGAAAAAGUUGUCCAUAUCUCAAAUAGACCGCGCUCUUCAGAACCUAUUCUCAAUAAGAAUGAGGCUAGGCCUAUUUGAUGGGAACCCCACUAAACUUCCCUAUGGCACCAUUGGUCCCAACGAAGUGUGUUCCAAAGAACACCUCCAACUGGCUCUUGAAGCAGCAAGAGAUGGCAUAGUCCUUCUGAAGAACACUGACUCAUUUCUCCCACUUCCAAAAGCAAGCCAUAGUGUUGCUGUGAUUGGCCCAAAUGCCAAUGCCUCGUCACUAGUUUCCCUAGGAAACUAUUAUGGUCGUCCUUGCAAAUUGGUGACCCUUUUGCAAGGCUUUGAAGGCUACUCUAAGGACACCACUUACCACCCUGGGUGUGAUGAUGGCCCACAAUGUGCCUCUGCACGGAUAGAAGAGGCAGUGGAGGUUGCGAAAAAGGUAGAUUAUGUGGUGCUUGUUAUGGGGUUGGAUCAAAGUCAAGAGAGGGAGUCACAUGACAGAGAAUAUCUAGGUUUGCCAGGGAAGCAAGAAGAGUUGAUCAAGAGUGUGGCCAAAGCUUCUAAGAGGCCAGUUGUUUUGGUGCUGUUGUGUGGAGGGCCAGUGGAUAUCACUUCAGCCAAGUUUGAUAACAAAGUUGGAGGAAUCUUGUGGGCAGGGUACCCUGGGGAACUUGGAGGAGUGGCCCUGGCUCAGGUUAUCUUUGGUGACCAUAACCCAGGUGGUAAACUACCAAUUACUUGGUACCCUAAGGAUUUCAUCAGAAUACCAAUGACAGAUAUGAGGAUGAGAGCUGAUUCAGCCUCAGGUUACCCAGGGAGAACCUACAGAUUUUACACUGGUCCAAAGGUCUAUGAAUUCGGCUAUGGCCUAAGCUACACAAAAUAUUCCUACAAUCUCCUCUCUCUCUCACAAAACACCCUCCACAUCAACCAAUCCUCUACCCAUUUGAUGACUGAGAAUUCUGAAACCAUCCGUUACAAACUGGUUGUAGACUUGGGAGAACAAACAUGCCAAUCCAUGUCAUUGUCAAUCACUUUGGGGGUCACAAAUCAUGGUAACAUGGCAGGGAAGCAUCCCGUGUUGUUGUUUUCGAAGAAGGGACAAGUGAGAAACGGGAAUCCGGUGAAACAAUUGGUGGGUUUUCAAAGUGUGAAGUUAAAUGCAGGGGAAACUGCUCAAGUGGGAUUUGAGCUAAGCCCUUGUGAGCAUCUUAGCGUGGCAAACGAGGCUGGUUCAUUGGUGAUUGAAGAAGGCUCUUAUUUGUUGCUUGUGGGGGACCAAGAGUACCCAUUAAAAGUCACAGUUUGAUGCAACCAUUGCAGUAUUCAGCCAAGUAACGCCUUAAACCCAUAAAUAACCAAUUUGCAACAGUGUUACACCGAGUAGCUUUUAGAGUGAACCGUUCACAGAUUGUAUACCUUUAUCAACAUUUGAAUAAUGAUGGGGAGACUUCAAAAAAGUGUUGAGAAGUUUUCUUAUGAAUUAGUAUAUCUCUAGUUAUUUAGCA